GUAUAAUUUUGAACUUUUGAAUUACUGAUAUCUAGAGUCAAUUGAUGGCAGAUGACUUUGAACAUGGCUGUACUCCCGGCAGGUGAAGUUCACUGCGAUCAUUUUUAGAAAAGAAGAAACCCUGACUUCCUCCUGGAAAGGAAUUCGAAGGACCAAUCACCAUGGAUCUAGUGUACAUUCCCGAAGACUUAUCCAGCUGCCCCAAAUUUGGGAAUAAAUCCUGUCCGCCCACCAACCGCUCUUUUCGUGUCCGUGUGAUAAUGUACUCGUUUAUGACCGGAGCCAUGGUGAUCACCAUCUUUGGGAACUUGGUGAUCAUGAUUUCCAUAUCACAUUUCAAACAGCUCCACUCUCCCACCAACUUCCUGAUCCUCUCCAUGGCAACCACGGACUUCCUGCUGGGCUUUGUCAUCAUGCCUUACAGCAUGGUGAGAUCAGUGGAGAGCUGCUGGUAUUUCGGAGAUGGCUUUUGCAAAUUCCACGCGAGCUUCGACAUGAUGCUGAGCCUGACCUCCAUAUUCCACCUGUGCUCCAUCGCCAUCGACCGAUUUUAUGCGGUGUGUUAUCCUUUGCACUACACCACCACCAUGACGGUGUCCAUGAUCAAGAGGCUGCUGGCUUUUUGCUGGGCGGCCCCUGCUCUUUUUUCUUUUGGCUUAGUUCUAUCAGAGGCCAAUGUGUCCGGUAUGCAGAGUUACGAGAUUCUUGUGGCGUGCUUCAAUUUCUGUGCACUUACGUUCAACAAGUUCUGGGGGACAAUACUGUUCACUACCUGCUUCUUCACGCCUGGCUCCAUCAUGGUUGGCAUUUAUGGUAAAAUUUUUAUUGUUUCCAAACGACAUGCUCGAGCCCUCAGCAACAGGCCGGAGAACACAAAAGGAGAAGUAAGAAAAAACCUGUCUAAGAAAAAGGACAGGAAAGCAGCUAAGACCCUGGGCAUCGUCAUGGGGGUAUUUCUAGCGUGUUGGUUGCCUUGCUUUCUAGCUGUUUUGAUUGACCCGUAUUUAGACUACUCCACGCCCAUCAUAGUGCUUGAUCUUCUGGUAUGGCUUGGGUACUUCAACUCUACUUGCAACCCCCUCAUCCAUGGCUUUUUCUACCCGUGGUUUCGCAAAGCUCUUGAGCAUAUAGUGUCAGGAAAAAUAUUUCGCUCCAACUCAGAAACUACAAAUCUCUUUCCUGAAGCGCAUUAAGGAAAAAAACAAAACAAAAACACUAUGAAUAUGAAUUGAAUACAGAAAGUGACACUAUGUUGAUUUUUCCAAAUCCAGGUGUGGUGGUUUGAAUGAGAAUGUCCCUAUUGGCCCAUAUGUUUGAAUACUUGGUCCCCAUUUGGUGGAACUGUUUGGGAAGGAUUAAGAGGUGUGGCCUUGCUGGAGAAGUAUCACUGUGGGUGGACUUUGAGGUUUUAAUAGCCCAGCCACUCCCAGUUAGGUCCCUCUGUCUGUCUAGAGCUUACACAUCAAGAUGUAAGCUCUCAGCUACUGGUCCAGUGGCAUGUCUACUGCCUACUGCCAUGCUCACCCUCUGAAACUGUAAGACUCUCAUAACCUGUUUCUUCUAUAAGUUGCCUUGGUCAUGGUGUCUCUUUACAGCACUAGAACAGUGACUAAGAAACUGCAAACACUGGUCUAUCUAUGAUAUUUCAGCAAAUGCAGUUCUUUAAGCUGCCAAAAUCUCCUUCCAACAGCUUUAACCAGCUAACCGAUAAAUUCAUUGAUUAACUGAGUCUGCAUCCAGAAUGUAGUUACCUCUGUCUGCUAUAAACAAGAACAAUAAAAAAAACUGUAU